GUUCACUUUUGGAUUCAUUGUCUUGGUUGGUGAAAAGCUGCAAAUAUGAAGGGAUUGCUCUCUCGUAGUUUCCUUCUUCAGAUUACUGUGUUUCUUCUUGUUCUUCUUCUGUUUUUGAACAAGUCCCUGGGCUCUCCAAUCAGGGUUGCAAAAUAUUCCUUUUCUAUGACAACUAAGGUUGAUGUGCAGCCUCCUACUGUCCCUCCAAGUACACAGCCACAGCCCUUAAUUCCUCUUCUAGCUCCUUCCCUAUUGAGACCUUUCACAAAUAAUUCUGUGCCUAAGUUAUCAGGCCUUUGUUCAUUGAAUUUCUCAGGUGCUCAAGAUACAAUGACCACAACUGCUACUGAUUGCUGGACUUCCUUUGCUCCAUAUUUGGCAAAUGUUGUAUGUUGUCCUCAAUUUGAUGCCAUGCUGGUGACCCUCAUAGGGCAAUCAAGCAAAUACUCUGGGGUGCUAGCUUUGAACACAACUCAUGCUAGUCACUGCCUCUCUGAUGUACAGAAGGCCCUGGUCAGUCAAGGAGCAAAUGAGGACCUAAAAAAUAUCUGUUCAGUCCAUCCAACAAAUCUCACUGAAGCCUCUUGUCCUGUUGUAUUUGUUGAUGAAUUUGAGAGCAUGGUAGACACUUCAAGACUUCUGACUGCUUGUAGAAAAAUAGAUCCUGUAAAUGAGUGUUGUGAUCAAGUUUGCCAAAAUGCUAUACAUUAUGCUGCUAGAAAAAUUGCCUUGAAUGAUAUGUCUAAUUCAUAUGGAAACCAUAGCUUGCCUGGGCAGACAGCCAGGAUCAAUGAUUGUAAGAAUAUCGUCCUUCGUUGGCUGGCUAGUAAACUUGAUCCAUCUACUGCAAAUAGUCUUUUCAGAGGACUCUCAAACUGCAACCUUAACAAAGUCUGCCCGCUGGUUUUUCCAAAUGUCACAAGUGUUGUGAACGAAUGUGGAAAUCUGAUAAGUAACAAGACUGCUUGCUGCACAGCCAUCAAAAGUUAUGUGUCCUCUUUGCAAGAACAGAGCUUUGUGACCAAUCUGCAAGCCUUGAAAUGUGCUGUUUCACUAGGAAAGAAAUUGCAGAAAGAAAAUAUCUCCAAAGAUGUUUAUAAUCUUUGUCAUAUAAGCCUAAAGGACUUUUCUCUUCAAGUUGGAUCACAAGUAUCUGGGUGCCUUUUGCCGAGUCUGCCUUCAGAUGCAACAUUUGAUGAAACUUCAGGGAUUGGAUUCAUUUGUGACCUUAAUGACAACAUUGUAGCGCCGUGGCCUUCAAUGUCGUACCUGCUUCCAUCCUCAUGCAAUAGAACUACAAAACUUCCAUCCCUUCCAACAGCAACAUCUUCACAAAAUGGUCUUUUGAUUAAUACCUUGGUUUUGCCUCUCCUCUUCACCUCUAUACUACUUCUCAAGAGGCUUCUUUAAUCCAGAAGUUCUUUAUAUUCGAGUUCUUUGGCUACAGUGAUU